AUGCCGUCCCAUGGCCAGUACACCACCGAGAGGGUCAAGUACGCAUCUCACGGCGAGACGGUGGCCGGUAUGCUUUUCAAACCGACCAAUGUUUCCAACCCGCCAGGCGUCGUCAUAACCGGGCCUUACUCGUUCGUCAAAGAACAAGCCCCAUUCCAGUACGGCACUCGCCUUGCCGAUGAAGGCUUCGCGGCACUCAUCUUCGACCCGCGCACCGUCGGCGAGAGUACUGGAGAGCCGCGUCGUCUCGAGAAUCCGAAGAUGAAGAAUGAGGAUGCUCGAGCCGGGCUCGACUAUCUCAUCUCCCGGGGCGAUAUCGACGCCAACAAAUUGUUCCUCGCGGGAAUCUGCCAGGGAGGACCAGAGUCUCUGGACAUUGCCUCCUACGAUGAUCGGGUCGUAGGGGUGGCAUCCGUCUCGGGCUACUUCCGGGAUCACGAAACGGACAUCUACAUGAUCUGCGCUGGCUGCGUCAACUGGAAGCCGGGAGAUGAUAUCGGCGCGAUGAAAAUGCCAACUCCAGAGCAAGGCGAGGCAUUGUACCAAGCAAGGCUGGAGCGAGCCAAAAAGGCACGCGAGGAGUUUGAGGCUACCGGAAAAGUUCAAUACAAACCACUGGUUGAUCCACAGGCAGCUGAUCCAACGACUGGAUCUCUGGCAGGACUACCGGGUCCGGUGGUGUGGUCAUGGUAUGGCCCGUGGACGCUGAAAGGGUUCGACAACCGCUACGCGGUGAUGAGUGACCUGGAUCACUUUGGGUACACAACGGUGCCCGGCGUUGCCAAACUCACCAAGCCGGCUCUGGUGAUCCACGGCGACAACUGCAUGAACCCGGCUGCGGCGAAAAGACAUUUCGAAUCGAUUCCGACGAAGCGGAAGAAGUUGGUCUGGAACAAUGACGUUUCGCACUUCCAGCAUUAUGAUCAGGCGGAUUGUGUGGAUCGGAAUGUGGGUGAGAUUGCGGCUUGGUUUGCAUCUUGUAUGUAG